UGACGCAGUGAGAUUUUAAAACAUUGUCCUUCUCAGUAAUGGCGGCUUCGUUCCCUGCGCCUUCCGUAAAUCACAAUAAAUGGUACUUCACACGCGAACAAAUCGAAAACAGCCCAUCUCGCCGAGCGGGACUUGAUCCCGACAAAGAGCUCUCGUACCGACAGCAAGCCGCGAACCUGCUGCAGGACAUGGGACAGCGACUCAACGUGUCACAACUUACAAUAAACACUGCCAUUGUGUAUAUGCAUCGGUUCUACAUGAUCCAGUCUUUCACCCGCUUCCACCGGAAUGUGAUAGCCCCUGCAGCUCUGUUUCUAGCAGCGAAGGUGGAGGAACAGCCUCGCAAGCUGGAGCAUGUGAUUAAAGUUACCCAUGCAUGUCUGAAUCCUCAGGACCCGUCGCCGGACACUAGGAGUGAUACAUACCUGCAACAAGCCCAAGACCUGGUCAUUCUUGAGAGCAUUAUACUCCAGACCCUGGCAUUUGAGAUCACCAUUGACCAUCCACACACACAUGUUGUCAAGUGUACCCAACUUGUACGAGACCUUUCCUUUGUUGUUCCAGCGAGUAAGGAUUUGGCUCAGACCUCAUAUUUCAUGGCAACCAACAGAUACCCUGAUGACCUACAGCAAGAGAUGCUGUAUCCUAAAAUGCGAAGCACAUCGCUUGACCUUCCAUUUGCAUUUCUCCACUUGACAACGUUCUGCUUGCAGUAUAGCCCACCCAUUGUAGCUUGUGUUUGUAUUCAUCUGGCCUGUAAAUGGUCCAACUGGGAGAUUCCUGUUUCCACAGACAGCAAGCACUGGUGGGAGUAUGUUGAUUCCACAGUGACCCUUGAGCUGUUGGACGAGCUCACUCAUGAGUUCCUGCAGAUCUUGGAGAAGACACCCAGCCGCUUAAAACGCAUCAGAAACUGGAAAGCUGCAGGUCAAACCGGCAAGAAAUCAAAGGUUCAAGAAUAUGAUCAGUCAGAUGCCAUUAUGAGCAUGAUCUCUAUGGCAGCAUCUGACAGCACAUUGGCUGGGCUAAUGAGCCUUUCCGACGCUCCAUGCGGUUCCUUGAUAUCUUCGUCAGCAGACGACCGCAAUGCUACAGCUUCAUCCCAACACUGGCAGCCUGCUGUCAAGGAGCAGCAGACCACUAAUGAGCUCCAAGCACCUGCUAAGGUGGUGUCUCUGAACGAGUAUCGGGCAAAGCAUGCUGAUGAGCUAGCAGCACAGAAGAGGAAGCUGGAGAACAUGGAGGCCAGCGUGAAACAAGGUUAUGCCACUGCCACCCAGGCCCUCAUGAACCAGCAGAAGAAGGAGAAACACCAGCAACAGUCCAGCUCUGGGUCAUCAGACCUGGGAAAACCCUCACCCAUUGUCCUGAAGAUCCCAUUGGACGAGCAGUCGGUGCGGAACCCUCUGAAGAUGCGCUUCCCUGUUCCAGGCAGCCAAUCGGCAAGUGGUAGCAGUCGAGGGUCCGAGCAGGACAUUAAGGUGCGGAUACGGGUUCCAGAAAGACGAAGUGGAUCUGGAGAAGAUGGGAAGAGUCGAGAGAAGCACCGAGAGCGCUCCAACCACCACCACCAUCAUCAUCACAAUCACCACCACCACUCUUCCACCAGCAGCUCUUCAUCUUCCUCAUCUUCCUCAUCCACUCAUAAACAUUCAAGUUCUGCCAGUGCUUCUGGAAGUAACAAAAAGGUCUCAGGUGACUCUGUGCGAAUGAGUUCUUCGUCAUCAAGAAAAAGGACGCAUAUGCUGGAACCGUCUGCUGGUACCCACCCUUCAAAAGUCAGCAAAUCCUCCAGGAACUCUUUUCAGUUACCCCCGCUUUCUACCCACUCGCUGGGUCUUCCGUCCGACAUCCUCCCCUCACUGAGCCUUUCGCAUCAUCAGGGAAACUAUUCGCACUCCAAGACGGACAAGGCUGACACCAAUGGCCACAACAUGGGCAGCCAGUCGAAUGAGUUUCAGGACACUUUUGACAUGUUGAACUCAUUGCUCAGUGCGCAGGGGGUGCAGCCGGCACAACCACAAAUGUUUGACUAUCGCACUCAGUACGGAGAGUACCGAUAUAGCAGUAGCACUCGCAGUGGAACCCAGCCCCCUCCUCUACCAUCAGAACCGCCUCCCCCAUUGCCGCCACUGCCCAAAUAAACCCCACGCCCACUUCUGCUCACAGCAUCCAUUCUUGUACGCUGAUUAGAUCAGUCGUCUUUGGUAUACUGGGUUCCUCUUGUGCGUCCAACAUUUAGUGAUAUUCAGUUUGACAGCAGAGUAAUGUAAGGCAAAAAUGUGUACCUACAUUUUCAGCUUGGUAAAUCAGCCACCCCCCCCCCCCCCAUGUUGUUUUUCGUUUGUUUUGUUUCGUGUGAUUGUGUGUGCGAGUGAGUGUGUUCAGGACACCCAUCUGUGGCAAUAAUGGUAAAAUAGAACAAAAUAUUGCAAAAAAAAGGAUAAUAAAAUGUUAUUUAUUGAAAAAAUAUACAUACUAUUUUUGAUGUUGCUCAGUUUUAUAUCAGCGCUAUGUCUAACAGAAAUACAGUACAUAAUGGAAAAAGGGUAUGUAUAACUGAACGAGAGGGACCUUUGUGUCCUCUUUAAAAAAAGUGUAAAUUCUAAUGCAAAAAGAAAAGUUUUUGUCUUGCUAACAAUGUAUGUGUUUUUUGUUUUUUUUUAUCAAGUAUGGUAUUUAUUAUUAGCCUUUUUUGAAACUAUAGUUAUUAGCAGUCGUUGCUUGAAUGCAUUGGACGAUAUCUGGAUUUAUUUUUAUACUGUUGUAACCUGUUUCCCAGUCUGUAUUUACUUGAUAAGUCGUGUAUGUUUUGAAAAUGGAUCCCCGUAUUUGCAUUAAAAUUUACAUUUCUAAUAUAUAAAUAGUCACUGAAGUAAUGUUAUAAUUUUGUUUGGUAUAUAUUUGUGGUCUGUUUUGUAACAAAUCUGCUUUAUAUUAAUUCUGUCAAUGACUGAAAAUUCACAUGAACUAUUUUUACAUUUUUCUGAAAACAAGAAUAUGCCUAACUUAGGAAGUAUGUCUGGUGGAUCUUGGAUUUUAGAUUCCGAGUUAGAUGCAGUCAUUGUUUUAAAUGGUUGUAGAGUAUCGCACUCAUUUAUAUUACACUAAACAAUAUGUCCAGAUUAUACUUGUUUCAAUUUUAUGUAUUUAUUUUUUUUAAUAACUAAGUCCAAAUUGUUGCAGUUUCAAUAUAUGGACAUUCGUCAUAUUUGUCAUGGACAUUGACUUAUAUAUGACGCUUAAUGCUAGGGUAUACUUAGUUUUUCCGUGUGCCAUUCUAUCUCGCGCACAGGCGAGCACUCAGCCUUUCAAAGUAUACAUACAGACUUGCUUGACGCACACACACAGUGACUGCUUUGUGAUACUCUUUUAGCACAGUUGAUCCGCAGACUGUCUGCGUGCAGCCUAGACGCGUGGACAGUCUGCGCGUACUGUGCGCAAGAUGUACCGGCAUGCGGAAAAACAAAGUAUACUUUGGCCUUUAGUUGGAGUAGAAGGCAAAUUUGAUUGGAUAUGAACAAAAACAAGGCUGUGAUGGACUAAAGUACAGUCUGUUCAGUAUGUCGUACAGUUGUGUCGGGGUACAGGGUGUUGUUCGCUCAGUCGUCAAUACAUUGAAAAUAUGUCAAACUUUUUUUAAUGUUUCUGAAUGACAAUAAACAACAGUACGACAUUCAAUUGAAUCUGUCAGUUUACAAUUUUCCUUUUUUCAAUAUACAUAUUUUUAUUUGUUCUACUUGUGUUUCAUGAAUGAGGCCCAUUGUACUGUACUUUUGUCCAGUCUGUAGUUUCACUGCCUCAUUUUUGUCAAAUUAAAUAUGUCAUCUACUAU